CGAGAGGGGACUGCUUCAUGGCUGCUAAGAUUGCAGACAGAAACAGCUCACAACUACCGUGAGCUGUAUGCGACUCAGAAAGCAAGAACCAAUUUUAUUCACUUUUACUAACCAGUUACUUGGGAAGAAAGAAAUGGCAUCUGGUCCUGUCUUCUUCUACAUCUUGAUAAUUGGAAAAUAUUUUGCCGAUGGGAAUGGACAGGAUGGCGAGUGCUCCCUUGGCUACUUCCCCUGUGGAAAUAUCACAAAGUGCUUGCCUCAGUUUCUUCACUGUAACAAUGUGGACGACUGUGGGAAUGGGGCUGAUGAGGAGAACUGCGGAGACAACAAUGGAUGGUCUGAGCGAUUUGACAAAUAUUUUGCAAUGGUCUACAAGGUUCAUUCCACAGAGGAAAACCUAUUUGACUGUUUGGUUGCUUCUGUGCCUGUGCAAUGUCUUUGCCAAGGACGAGAGCUGAGAUGCGAUGAAGCCAACUUGAAAGUUGUCCCAUCAGUUUCUUCAAAUGUGACUAUGAUGUCACUUCAGUGGAAUUUAAUAAAAAAGCUUUUUCCUGAUGACUUCAAGAAGAACCAGGAUCUUCGGAAACUGUAUCUGCAAAACAAUAAAAUUCAAACUGUACACAUACAUGCUUUCAGAGGGCUGCACAAUCUCAAUAAACUUUUAUCCAGGCCUUCCUACCGUGAUCCCUUUCAGAGAAGUCAAGGGUUGAUGAAUAAUGCCCUCACCCAUUUGCCUGAUAAAUCGCUUUGCCAGCACAUGCCACGACUCCGUUGGCUGGACUUUGAAGGCAACCAUAUCCAUACUUUAAGAAAUUUGACUUUUACUUCCUGCAAAAAUUUAACUGUUUUUUUUUUUAAAAACAGGAAUCUUUCCUAUAAUCCAAUCCAGAAAAUAGAAGAAAACCAAUUUGAUUAUCUCGUCAAACUCAAGUCACUCAGCUUAGAAGGGAUUGAAAUUUCCAAUAUCCAACGAAGGAUGUUUCAACCUCUUGUGAACCUUUCCCACAUGUAUUUUAAGAAAUUCCAGUACUGUGGAUAUGCACCACAUGUUCGCAGCUGUAAACCAAACACUGAUGGGAUUUCAUCUGUAGAGAAUCUCUUGGCAAGCAUUAUUCAGAGAAUAUUUGUCUGGGUUGUAUCUGCAACUACCUGCAUUGGAAACAUCUUUGUUAUUUGUAUGCGACCUUAUAUCAGGUCUGAGAACAGACUGCAUGCCAUGUCAAUCAUUUCUCUGUGCUGUGCUGACUGCUUAAUGGGAAUCUAUUUACUUGUGAUUGGAUCCUUCGACCUAAAAUUUCGUGGAGAAUACAAUAAGCAUGCACAGCUGUGGAUGGAGAGUGCUGACUGCCAGCUUGUGGGUUCUUUGGCCAUUCUGUCCACAGAAGUAUCUGUUUUACUUUUAACCUUUCUGACAUUGGAAAAAUAUAUCUGCAUUGUAUAUCCUUUUAGAUCGUUAAGACCUGGAAAAUACAGAACGAUUAUAGCUCUGAUUCUCAUUUGGACUCUUGGGUUUAUAGUGGCUUUCCUCCCACUGAGCAACAAGGGACUUUUCAAAAACUACUAUGGCACCAACGGAGUGUGUUUUCCACUUCAUGCAGAAGAUACAGAAAGUUCUGGAGCCCAAAUUUACUCACUAGUCAUUUUUCUUGGUAUCAACUUGGCAGCAUUUAUCAUCAUAGUCUUCUCCUAUGGAAGCAUGUUUCACAGCAUUCAUCAAAGUGCCAUUCCAACCAGUAAAAUACAGAGUAAAGUUAAAAAAGAGAUGAUGCUUGCCAAACGGUUUUUUUUCAUUGUAUUUACUGAUGCAUUAUGCUGGAUACCCAUUUUUAUACUGAAAUUUCUUUCACUAUUUCAUUUGUCUCUUUCAGGGACCAUAAAUUCUUGGGUAGUUAUUUUUAUUCUACCUAUCAACAGUGCUUUGAAUCCAAUUCUCUACACUCUGACCACUAGACCCUUCAAAGAAAUGAUGCAUCAAGUUUGGUACAACUACAGACAAAAAAGGUCUGUUGGCAGCAAAAAUGUUGAGAAAAGAUAUCCUCCAUCGUUCAUGUGGGUGGAGAUGUGGCGGUCAAGUGAGGAUCCAUCUACAUUAAUGAAGCCAACUCUUUUCACAGACCCCUGUGAAAUGUCAUUAAUUUCAUGAUCGAAUAGACUCAAUUACUCUUCAUAG